CUUCCGCGUGCGCCGCACCCGCAGCCGCAGUCUAGUAGGAGCCCAACGGGCUGUAUCCGGCUGGGCGUCAGUGCACAGGGGCUUGAGAGUGUUGAGUUUCUGUGGCUGCUGACCUGGCUGAGCCGCGAAGUUAACCCAGUCUUGAAGGUCCUGUGCGGACCGGGGUCUUGGCCGUCUGAGCCCCCCACUGUCGAUCUGGGGAGUGGGGGAGCCAGCCCGGCCUCAGUCCCUCCUGGGUCAGGGCUGCGGAACCGUACAAACUCAUCGCCUGGAUUCCCUCUGCCCGGGCCCAGAGCCCGCCUCCCUGCGAGGGAAGAAGCCCCGGACGGGCCGGUGCCUGCUGCUUGCAGACCCUCCCUUGUGGGGCGCGAAGUCCCUCCGAGGACGAGACGGGGCGGGGGGGCGGGGAGAAACAGAGAAACCCUCAGUUCGAUCCUUUCCUGCGCAUCCUGCACGAAACAGCACGGGAUGGCCACCAGGUUUCGGACAGCUACGUGCUGGGGGUUGUUGUCUUUCAAGGAUGUAUCAAUGGAGUUCACCUGGGAAGAGUGGCAGUUACUGGAUUCUGCACAGAAGCACCUGUACAGGGAUGUGACUCUGGAAAACUAUAGCAACCUGCUGUCUGUGGGUUAUCAUGAUACCAAACCUGAUUUAAUCUUCAAGUUGGAGCAAGGAGAAGAGCCAUGGAUAGUAAAUGCCAGCAUUUCUGGUCAGAGCUGCCCAGAAGGUUGGAAAGAAUGGUAUCAGAAUAAUCAAGAUGAGCUUGAAAGUGUUGAGAGAAGCUAUGCUUGUAAUGCAUUUGGAAAACUUCAUCUGAGCAAACCUCACAUUUCUUCACGACACAGACUCCUCAAAUAUAACACACACGGGAAAAGUUUGACACAGAACUUAGCUUCAUCCAGAAGUUAUCUAAGAAAGAAUCCUGAUAAGUUUCAUGGAUAUGAAGAAUCAUAUUUUCUCAAGCAUCAAAGAGCUCAUAGUAUAGAAAAAAACUGUGUGUGUAAUGAAUGUGGGAAAGCUUUUCGUUGUAAAUCACAGCUCAUUGUACAUCUCAGAAUUCAUACAGGAGAAAGACCAUAUGAAUGCACUAAAUGUGAGAGAGCCUUCAGUGCCAAGUCAAACCUUAAUGCUCACCAGAGAGUCCACACAGGAGAAAAGCCCUACUCCUGUAUCGAGUGUGGGAAAGUCUUCUCUUUCAGGUCACAGCUCAUUGUCCAUCAGGAAAUUCACACAGGAGGGAAGCCUUAUGGUUGCAGUGAAUGUGGAAAAGCCUACAGCUGGAAAUCCCAGCUUAUUUUACACCAGAGAAGCCAUACAGGAGUGAAACCCUAUGAAUGCAGUGAAUGUGGAAAAGCCUUUAGUUUGAAGUCACCAUUUGUUGUACACCAGAGAACUCAUACGGGAGUGAAACCCCAUAAAUGCAGUGAAUGUGGGAAAGCCUUCAGGAGUAAGUCUUACCUCCUCAUUCACAUCAGGAUGCACACAGGAGAGAAACCCUAUCAAUGCAGCGAAUGUGGGAAAGCCUUCAAUAUGAAGACACAACUUGUUGUACAUCAGGGAAUUCACACAGGAAAUAAUCCUUAUCAAUGCAGUGAAUGUGGGAAAGCCUUUGGUAGGAAGGAACAGCUCACAGCACAUCUAAGAGCUCAUGCAGGAGAAAAGCCCUAUGGGUGCGGUGAAUGUGGGAAGGCCUUCAGCAGCAAAUCCUACCUUGUUAUACACAGGAGAACACACACAGGAGAAAGACCCUAUGAGUGUAGUUUCUGUGAGAGGGCCUUUUGUGGGAAAUCACAGCUCAUUAUACAUCAGAGAACUCACUCAACAGAGAAGCCCUAUGAAUGCAGUGAAUGUGAGAAAGCCUAUCCUAGGAAGUCACAGUUCAUUACACAUCACAGGACUCAUACAGGAGAAAAACCUUAUAAUUGUAGCCAGUGUGGGAAAGCCUUCUCCCAAAAGUCACAGCUGACAUCCCAUCAGAGGACACAUACAGGGGAGAAACCAUAUGAAUGUGGUGAAUGUGGGAAAGCUUUCUCACGGAAGUCACAUCUCAUAUCACAUUGGAGGACGCACACUGGAGAGAAACCCUAUGGAUGCAGUGAGUGUGGGAGGGCCUUUAGUGAAAAGUCAAAUCUCAUCAAUCAUCAGAGGAUUCAUACAGGAGAGAAACCUUUUGAGUGUAGGGAAUGCGGGAAAGCCUUCAGCAGGAAGUCACAGCUUGUCACACAUCACAGGACCCACACAGGAACAAAACCCUAUGGAUGUAGUGAUUGUAGAAAAGCCUUCUUUGAGAAAUCAGAGCUCGUUAGACAUCAGACAAUUCAUACUGGAGAGAAACCCUAUGAAUGCAGUGAGUGUCGGAAAGCCUUCCGAGAGAGGUCCAGUCUCAUUAACCACCAGAGAACCCAUACAGGAGAGAAGCCUCAUGGGUGCAUCCAGUGUGGGAAAGCCUUCUCCCAGAAGUCGCACCUCUUGUCACAUCAGAUGACACACACAGGAGAGAAACCCUUUGUGUGCAGUAAGUGUGGAAAAGCCUUCAGUAGGAAAUCUCAACUUGUCAGACAUCAGAGAACUCAUACAGGAGAGAAACCCUAUGAGUGCAAUGAAUGUGGCAAAGCCUUCAGUGAAAAACUAAGCCUCACUAAUCAUCAGAGAAUCCACACAGGAGAAAAACCAUAUGUAUGCAGUGAGUGUGGAAAAGCCUUUUGUCAGAAGUCACAUCUCAUAUCACAUCAGAGGACUCAUACAGGAGAGAAACCCUAUGAAUGCACGGAAUGCGGGAAAGCCUUUGGUGAAAAGUCAAGUCUUGCAACCCACCAGAGAACCCAUACGGGAGAAAAACCUUAUGAAUGCAGGGAUUGUGAAAAAGCUUUCUCCCAGAAGUCACAGCUCAAUACUCACCAGCGAAUUCACACAGGAGAAAAACCUUAUGAAUGUGGUAUUUGUCAGAAAGCUUUCUUUGAGAAAUCAGAACUAAUCAGACAUCAAAGAACUCAUACAGGAGAAAAACCUUAUGAAUGCAGUGAAUGUCGGAAAGCCUUCAGGGAGAAGUCAAGUCUCAUCAAUCAUCAGAGAACACAUACAGGAGAGAAACCCUUUGAAUGCAGUGACUGUGGCAAAGCCUUCUCUCGGAAAUCACACCUCAUACCUCACCAGAGGACUCACACAGGAGAGAAACCCUAUGGAUGCAGUGAGUGUAGGAAGGCCUUCUCUCAGAAGUCACAGCUUGUUAAUCAUCAGAGAAUUCAUACAGGAGAGAAACCAUAUCAGUGCAGCGAAUGUGAGAAAGCCUUCUCCCAAAAGUCACAGCUCAUUAAUCAUCGGAGAACUCAUACACUAAAGAAGUCCUAGGAAGGGGGGUUAACAUUUGUAUUUGACAGAGACCUUAUCUCCCUGUACUUCAGAGGAGGUAGUUAGGGUACAUAUUUCAGAUAACAGUCACCUCACAUUACAUGUCUGAGUGCUCUUGUAGGGUAGAAACUCUAAGUGAGGUUAUAUAGGUAAAGCUUUCAGCAGCUUUUAAUAUGCUUAUUAAAAUUUGUAGAGUAGAACGACCCUAAGAAAUGCAGUGAAUUUCAAAAACCUUUCAAACCAUGGUGAGACAUUAAUGGUAGAAAACUAACAGUGAAGAGGAAUACUGUGAAUAUCAGAAAGUCUUCCAGAGAUCAGAUCUCAUUAGCUGUCAGAAACAUUCCUCCUGGGAAUGAACUCUCUUCUGGUGAGUUAAGGAAAACUCCAUGAAUGCCACGGGGUAAUAUUUUCGUUAAGAAACAACAGCUCAUUGUAUAUAAGAAAAUGCCUUCAGGAAUCAAUCUUUGGUAAGUAAUCCCACCAUAUUGUAUUUUGUGGGUAAACCUAACGAUUUAAAGACAGUAGAAAUAUGUGUCCCUAUAAAUAAUGCUAUAAUGGAGAGCCAUGCACUUUUUAUAGACAUAUGUACCCCAAAUACCCAACUCUAAAUGACUGACAUAUGUUUAGUCCAAAGUAUGAAGUUUUAAAAAUAUGUGAAUAACUUGAACAUCUAAUUAGGAAAUUUCUCAGUGAUAUAUAAUUAUGGUUUCUUUUCCUGUGUCACACAGUUUCAUAUUUUGGAAUUGCAUAUGAUAAUGUAAUUGGGAGAAUGAGAUGCACAUGUCUUGUCAUGCCUGUGAUGUCUGUCAAGACACACCAUAUACUACUGGUUUUUCUAUUUUAAUGAUAUUAUAAAAGUGGUAACUAAUAGGACAUGUCUUAACUGCUCAGUAAGUAGCAGAGGUAAUAUUACCACAUCUCCUCCUUAUGAUUUGUUGGUUUAUAAAAGGGUUUGUUGUUAUUGACCUUCAUUUUCACUAACAGGAGCCAACAUUAUAUAGUCUCCUGCAUCCUCAGAGUCUGAGACACAGUUUGUAUAAAACUUGGUUAAUAAGUACUCGAGGGCAGCACUGCAGAAUUGCAGUAGUGAAUGGUGAGCAGGGGAGAGGGGGCGUGUGAACUGUCGCUCAGCACUCAGUCCACAUGGAGGUCCAGAGUGCUGAGCAGAACCCUUUCUCAUCCUGUGAGAGCCCCUGUGUGUCAGCUGUGCUGCGUCACCUGUAUACAGUUUCAAUUUAAUUUACAUGAUGAGGUGUCACGGAUACUGUGUGCUGUUAUGUUUUCGGUAUUUUGUAAAAUAUCUUGUAAAAAAUUAUAUGGAAAAAACAAUUAUUUAAGAGUCACUUCAGAAAAUGUAAAAGAGAAUUUUGUGAUGAGAAAUAUAUUUUUGAUGUAUUCAAGGAAGCCUGUUUGGCCUUCCUGCAAAUUUCCGUGAUUAUUGUACAGGUAUUAGGAAACAAGGUUUUCAUUGUUUAACAUUUGAAAUGUUUUUCACCUGCCUUUCACCUGUUGCAUCACCCACACAGGAUACUUUCCGCUUUGUAAUUUCCAUUAUAUAAGUAUGGUUCCCUUUUAAAAUGCAUGAACCAUAUCUUAGCUUAUUUAGAAUUUUGUAGUGAUCACUCUGUAAUGUUGCCUGACAAAAUCAACUAUAGUUGUUAUAUAAUGGUGAAAUUUAAAAAAGUCCACAUAGACCUUGUUUCCAAACUUGGAAAAAUCAAGCUUUCUGUCAUGCAUGAGUUGUUUUAUCAGUAUUGCACCUUUGAUUCUAGCACCUUUGAUUCUAAAAGUAUUUUAUUCCUUUAACUACAAAUUUUGCCUCAUUGUUGGAAAAUUAGGACUUUAAGAGUGAUUUUAUGAACCGCUGUACUAGAAUUUUAACAGCCAGAUAAUCCUGUUUUUCCACAUAUAAUUUUUCAAAGUCCCAUUUUCCCAAUUUUUAUUCAUAUACAAAUGAACAGACUUCCAAUUUUCUCCCUAAUACUUGAAGGUUAUUUUACCCGGUGGAGGAAACGGACCUUUGUAAAGCAACAGACAAUUAUCAGUAUGGUGUUUCCUUUGUAUUUUUUCCUUUCCAUCUGCCCUGGUUCUCUUCCCUAGUCCUAGAGAUUGAUUCCUUAGGUCAGGAGUCUGUUGUCUAAACAUCUUCCUAAUUUUGUCACUCCCAUUGUAGAAUACUCCAUUAACUAUUAACUAUUAAGCAGUUAAACUUAGUACUUUUUUCACAAGGUAAUGGAACAUUAGUACUAGCCUCUUGAUUGAAUAUGCAAGAACCAAUUUUUUUCUCUAAGGCUCAGGUAUUAGUCCUAGGGAGAGAUGAUGCUGGCCGCAGAGGUUUCAUUUAUCAAAAUAUCUGAUGUGGGAGUUCCUGCUGUGGCAGAGUGGGAUUACAGUGUCUCUGGAGUACUGGGGGUGCAGGUUUGAUCCUCAGCCUGGCACGCAGUGAGUUGCAACUGCGGCUCAGAUCUGAUCCCUGGCCCAGGAACUCCAUGUGCGAAGGGACAGCCAAAAAGAAAAAAAUAUGUACAUGUCUGAUGUGGAUGCCCACUUAUUCUAUGUACAACUCACCGGGAGCUCUCUCUUCUGAAGGGUCACAGGAGGGCUCUGAUUCUGAAAUUAGAGAUACUCAGUGUCAGGUUUUAAAAACCAUCAAAGUUUUUAAAUUACUUUGGUAAAUCACAAAAAAGUGUCCCCAUAUUUACCCUUGUUAAUGCCUACCACAAACCCCCACCUCAAGAAAAAAGCCAGGAGUUCCCGUUGUGGCUCAGUGGUAAUGAACCCAAUUGGUAUCCAUGAAGACUUGUUUUUUUUUUUUUUUUUUUUUGCUAUUUCUUGGGCCGCUCCCACGGCAUAUGGAGGUUCCCAGGCUAGGGGUCGAAUCAGAGCUGUAGCCACCGGCCUACACCAGAGCCACAGCAAUGCGGGAUCCGAGCCACGUCUGCGACCUACACCACAGCUCACGGCAACGCCGGAUCGUUAACCCAGUGAGCAAGGGCAGGGACCGAACCCGCAACCUCAUGGUUCCUAGUGGGAUUCGUUAACCACUGCGCCACGACGGGAACUCCAAGACUUGGUUUUAAUCCCUGGCCUUGCUCAGUGGAUUAAGGAUCCAGCGUUGCCAUGGACUGUGGUGUAGGUCGCAGACUUGGCUGAGAUCUGGCAUUGCUAUGGCUGUGUUGUAAGCUGGCAGCUGCAGCUCUGAUUCAACCCCUAGCCUGGGAACUUCCAUAUGCUGCGCCUGUGGCCCUAAAAGGCAAAAAAUAAAAAUUAAAAAAAAGAAGAAAGCCAGAUUUGCAGUUAAAUGGGAUUUACUAUCAGGGGUUUCAGGAAGCAGUAUCCAUUACACUGAAAUCAACUACUUGAGGAUUUUCUUUUCUCUUUCAGCACCUAGCUUCCUUUACUGGCCUAGAGACGGUCCUACAGAGGACGUUUCAAUAGUAUUCCUUUUACUGGGUAGUGGAUCUUUGGCGUCCUUUCUGUGAGCGUUGAGACCUGUCCCAGGACUUCCUUGUAUUCAACUUUCCUUUGUGGGCUUUGAUGUCUUGACAGUUUCCUCUGUAUGGAUCUAAGUGCUCCUGACAUUUGGUUUCAAGAACAUCACUUGUAGAACGCUGAGGAAAUGGACCCAAAGAUCCCAGAUUUAUUUACCAAUAUCUGCAUUACAUAGCAGAAUAUAGAUAAUAGACAUUUGGCUUCUAUAUCUGAAACCUCAGGCAUUUGGUCAUUUAUUCCAGCAGUAUAUGCCAGAGCUUUUGAUUUCGAUGAGUUUGUUCAUCUGCCAACAUGAUACCAACAAGCUUUCAGAUGUUGAGCACCUAGUCCUGGCCUAAGUGGUGAUAAACUAACUCAACAAUGAAUGACCCUUGCACUUGUAUGCAUAUUUUUUUGCCCCUAUCAUUCUUUUUUAGUCCAUUUUCCACACUUAUACAUAUUAGUUAUUUUAAGAUACCAAUAAGUAUUGAAAUACUGUGGGCUAAUUGCAGACUAAAAGUGUAAUAUCCUCAUGGUAUUUGAGGACUUCCAUACAAAUCCAUGCCGCUCCAUCAUUUCCAAUACUUUUUCUUUCCUCUUACACCGUUUUUUAGCUUUCUUGAACUACUUGCAGUUCCUUGAGAUUCCCACAAUCUCUCCUCUCACACUUUUUACAAAUCUAGUUCCCCUUGAAGUGCCCUUGUUCCUUGUUAAUGCCUAUCCAGCCCACGUGAACCUGUGCAUGUAUUUGGCACUUGUGAUAUAAUCAUUGCAUGUUUUAUCUCUCCCAUUAGAAAGCUUAUGGGAAGUUGGGACUAUUUUGACUGUAGAAUUUCAGCAACUGAAGCUUUACUCCGAAAGUGUGGGUGGUGUCAGUGGCUGUGUUUUGGACCACACGGGGAAGUGUAGCUGCAGUGAGAGAAGAGUGAAGCCAUCAUGGAAGCCAAGUCAAGGCACAGCCUGAUGGGGUCCCGAUGUCUGGUUCUUGUCUUCAGGUCCAGGUGCAUCUCUGCCCUUUUCCUGUUGGACAAUUGGAUUCUUCUGUGAGAUAUUCACAUACCUUCUAAUAAACCCCCAUGUUUGCUUCA